GUGAAAGUCAUUGACAAGAAAAGAGCCAAAAAAGACACCUAUGUCACCAAGAAUCUGCGACGGGAAGGGCAGAUCCAGCAAAUGAUCCGCCACCCCAACAUUGCUCAGCUGCUGGAUAUACUGGAGACAGAGAACAGCUACUACCUUGUCAUGGAGCUGUGCCCUGGUGGCAACUUGAUGCAUAAGAUCUAUGAGAAAAAAAGACUUGAAGAGCACGAAGCGCGCAAAUAUAUCAGGCAGCUUAUUCUGGCAGUAGAGCAUCUUCAUCGAGCAGGAGUAGUUCACAGAGACUUGAAGAUAGAAAAUCUGUUGCUAGAUGAAGACAACAAUAUCAAACUCAUUGACUUUGGCUUGAGCAACUGUGCAGGCAUCUUGGGUUAUUCUGAUCCGUUCAGCACCCAGUGUGGGAGCCCAGCAUAUGCAGCGCCUGAGCUUCUGGCAAGGAAAAAGUAUGGGCCGAAAAUAGAUGUUUGGUCCAUUGGCGUAAACAUGUAUGCAAUGUUGACUGGAACGUUACCUUUUACUGUGGAGCCGUUCAGCCUGAGAGCUUUAUACCAGAAAAUGGUAGACAAAGAAAUGAACCCGUUUCCCACUCAACUCUCCACAGCGGCCGUAAACUUUCUGCGAUCUCUGCUCGAGCCAGAUCCGGCAAAGAGACCCAACAUCCAGCAGGCGCUUGCAAACCGCUGGCUUAACGAGAAUUACCCUGGGAGACCCCCACCUAACGUCACGUAUCCGAACAGGAUCCACCUGGAGGACCUCAGCCAGAGCGUGCUGCUCCAUAUGACCGAGAAGCUCGGCUACAAGAACAGCGACGUAAUCAACACGGUGCUCUCCAACCGUGCGAGCCACACACUCGCCAUCUACUUUCUGCUGAAUAAGAAGCUGGAGCGCUACUUGGCAAGCCUAAGGAAGUCUGAAGGCCAGGACAAUAUUUGCCACAAGAAUCAACUGUACCAGAUAGAAAAAUACAAGGCAAAUAAAGACUCCUAUGAGGACAAAAAACUCAAAGAACAAGAAAAGAAAGGGGAGAUCCUUCACCGUCCACCCCCAAAGAAAACUGAGAAAAGUCCAGUUUCAUAUAGACAGCCUUCUUCCUGUCUUAUCUCACAGAUACAGAACACCAAGGCUCUGCUGAGGGACCGAAAAACCACCAAGACCGGAGGUACGGAGAAAGACUCCACGAGUGGGUUGAGCCCUUUCCACGAACCUGYGGCAACCAAGACGGGCUGCGUCACUUCCAGUUCCCUGGAAUAUCUCGAAAUCCAGCAACCGCUUCCACGAACACCCCGGCUCCUCAAGAGACAGGAUUCCCCACAGCAAGAGCCCGCGAGGAUUGGCAGCCAAGGGAAGGACUCUCCUCUGAUCCUCAAUAUUGUUCAUUCUUUCGAAUCUGUUGACAGAGAGGACCAAAUAGACCAAGUUUCCCCCUCGCAUCAGUACCGCAUUUUAGGCUCRCCAAUAAAUUUUCCUUACAAAAGCUCAAGUGAAAGGACACUGUCCCCACUUUUCCAGCCAGGAAGUACAUCCCCUGCCAGAAGCCCCAUCCAUCCCACCCAGGUCUCCUUUACGUAUGACGAGAAGGCAAAUCCGGCGAGAGACGAGGCUGUGUCCCCCACUCAGCUGGUCCCCAACAACCCCCUGGGCAGCCCCAACUGUGUUAAAAGCCGUGGCCGGUUCCCCAUGAUGGGCAUCGGACAGAUGCUGCGCAAGAGGAACCAGAACAUGCAGUCGGCCAGCGACAAGCCGCUGGAAGCCCGGAUGCCGCCGCUGCAGCAGAUGAGCCCCACGCAGAUCUCCUUUGGCGCCGCGGAGGCCAUCAACGGCCAGUGCUGACCCGACGUGCCAGGCCUCGUGCUGCUGCUCCCUGGCACCUUUUCUGCUUUGAAGGAGAAGGGAAGGCCACAGGCACGUUGCUGUCACUGCAUGAGAGACCUGCAGUGGUGCAGCUUAGAAAAUCCGCGGUCCACAUGUAAGGAAGGGUUUGGCCUACAUGUUCAAGUUGUUAGAAGAGGGCCCUGCUUGUGCUUUUAAGGAAUAUUAGCAUUUGGCGUUUGACUGUACAGUGAAACAGGUCUUGAAAGAGCUACAUGGAUAUGUGUUUUCCGUGCUCUGAAGUAGUAUUGCAAUAARGUUCACUGGAAGAACAGCAAGUGUUAGCAGCUUGAAUGAGCAAUGAUGUGAUGCACGUGGUGCCAUGGAUGCUGGUCCCAUCCAGGGCCUGUGGUAAGACUGGCCUUGCUCCAUCUGUCUGUGCCCUACAGUGGAUGGUACUGACACAGGCGCUCAUUUGGCUCAAGAGGUGGAGGAACUCAGAAAACCCUUUCCAAACUCAGCUUGCUACAAGUGCUUCCGAGAAGGAAAACAAAGUUUGUGGAAGCCCGAAUAGGGACACGGGUGCCCAAGACGUUCAGAGAAAGUGGGAGUAUUCAAAGUCAAAGCAGAUCUUAGUGUUAAUUACACAAAAGCAGCUAACAGUAGAAUCAUUUUUUUUUCUUAAAAUGAUAAUAGAAUAAGUGCUGUGACUCAAAGGAAAUAUUAUUACUUAAAAAUAAAUUUCAUCAAAUGGAAAUCUACCCCACUGAGAGCCCGUCCCUUUUCAUAUAUAUUGGAUUUACAAGUGGAUGCUUUAGACAGUAAUCCAGAUUGCAAUAUGCUGUGUUUAAAUGAUCCAGUCACCUCCAAUUUUUGUAGCUGUACUAGUUCCAUGGCACUCUCACAUGCAGGAUUGUCUUAGCCCCUGUUAUAGCAAAACAGCAUUGGACAUACUUGAAGGCUUUUCUGAGAGACUGCAGUGAAUUAAAAAGACUCAUAAAGGACAUGUGAAGCAGUACCAAUGCCAUUUUAUACUGCAAGGAUGGUAAUGCAGUGGUUACCAAAAAAUUAAGUAUUGAUACGAGCUGUGAAUAUUGACUUUCUUAAAAGGCAACAUGUUCUGCAUAUUGGUCUUGGUUUUCUACGUAAAUCAUWCAUCUGAGAAGCCGGUGACAUUUUUUGGUUCUCUUUUUUGUGUUUAAACUGUUUCUUAUAAAUUAGAAGGUUUAGCCAAAGACUUCGCUUUGUGUUUGUCCGUGUUGUGCUUGCGUAUGUGUUUGUGUACAUGGGACAUCUCGAUGAUGCUUCAACUAAUGUGUUUUCCAAGUGGGUUGCCCUUGGCCACAUAUAUUUUAUUACAGCCCACCACUUAAUGUCAUUUCAGAAAAUGAGGCAGCAGAGGCAAAGAUCUGUGCCUCUGAUCUUUUGCGUCAAGAUCAUCUGUAGGAAUCCAAGUCCUAUUUCUAUCUGUAUUAUUGAAAAUAAUUUUGCGGCUCCAUUGCUGUGUUUUCUGUUCAAAUACUAAGAAUUUCCCCACUCAAAAAGCCCUCUUGCGAUUUAAUGAUUUACAAAGAUUAGGGGAGGAAGAACGCUAGCACAGGUAGGUGAAAGGCACCUAGAGCCCGUACUUCAGGGUGUUUCUCCUGACUCCCAGUUUAAAAAAGGGCCUUUUGCUGCAAGUUAUGAGAAAUAAAUUGCAGGAUAAUCGAAAUACUGACAGACCAGAUAGCUAAUUUUGACUGCUUGCUGCCAGAAGCAGCAGAGGAGC